AUGGGGGAUGAACAUGGACAUGGCUUUGUGGAUGAUAAGUAUAAUUUACUGAAGGUAGAAGAAGCCCCUGAGUUGCUUUUUUUCAACUAUCAUGAAUUUCUUGCACCAAACCAAAAUUUGUCACUGCCGGCAUUAGUGAUAAACCAUUUCCCCAAUUACUUCGUUGAUAGAUCGUCAACCACAUUUUAUAAAACGAGGAUAGUGCGAAUACCGAGGUGUUAUGACACAAUUGCCUAUUCAGAUUUGAUACCGCAAUUUUCAACUGUGUACCCAGGCAAGGAAAAAGGUGCCAUCAAACUUGACGAAGGAGGGAACAUAACAACUGGAUUGCACGAUAAAGCGGUGUUUGGAACAACAUCAGAAAUAGUCGGAUUUGAGAAUAUACUACCGGGGGAAGAGCUACUUGAUAUUAUCACCGGGAUCAAUCAAAUUUUGUACGAUGCAUUUUACCCAUUCAAAAUUGCCACUUUGAUAGAGAACAUUAUGGAGGUGCUAACAGGGGGUCUAUUUAUUCAAAUUUUAAACCUUCUAAACAUAUGUACUUAUACAAAGAGAAAAUUGUUGGAGUUGGAGCAGUUUGUGGAAAAUAUCAAUAUCAAGUUGCAAACAAAAGACGUGACGAUUGUAUCUCCAAGGAAGAUGGGAUAUCUUUCCAUUUGUAUAGCUUAUGUACCAAAGUAG